GAUGCUGUCGCUGGUGCCGGGCCUGGGGCUGCUGUGGCGGGCGUGGUGGUGGAGGCGGCGGCCCUCGAGCGGGGGCCAUGAGCAGCAGCAGCCGGCGGCCGGGCGGGGGAGCAGCGGCGGCGCCAUGGAGCAGGAGCGGGCCCUCGAGGUCUACGACAUAAUCCGGACUAUCCGGGACCCCGAGAAGCCCAACACCCUGGAGGAGCUGGACGUGGUGACGGAGAGCUGCGUGGAAGUGCAGGAGAUCUGUGAAGAUGAGUUCUUGGUGACAAUCAGGUUCACACCAACUGUCCCUCAUUGCUCGUUGGCUACGCUCAUUGGGCUGUGUUUGAGGAUCAAGCUUCAGAGAUGUUUGCCUUUUAAACACAAGCUGGAAAUCUACAUAUCAGAGGGAAUGCAUUCCACUGAGGAGGACAUCAACAAGCAAAUAAAUGACAAAGAAAGAGUCGCAGCUGCCAUGGAGAAUCCAAACCUGCGGGAGAUCGUGGAGCAGUGCGUCCUGGAGCCGGAGUAGCCCUUGGCCUGAGAGUUCGUUCUCAGGCAUCUUUAGGGUUGGUGUUUUGGGAAAACGUGGAGGCCUUUGAUAUUAAAAGGGUCUCUUGUAGCUUCUGUAUAUAUAUUUUUAAAAUAACUUUAUUAAAAUAGUUUAAAUUAAAAAGGGAGGGGUAUGAAGACGCAAAAUGGUCAAACUUAAAUGAGUGUAAAGGAUAUGUAACUUUUGAUGAGAAGAGAUUUUAUAUAAAGAUUGAGCCAUUUGCUACCUAAUUAAUUCAUAUAAUGUUGAAAUGAAUGCUGCUUUUGAAGGUUAUUUCUCCACUUUGUGGUGGUGAAGUAUUUUUUUCAUAGCAUCACUGGAAAAGAUGAAUAAAAUACGAUGUUCUUGUAAUUGU